CAAAUGGAUAUUCUUAUCUUUUAACAUGCGUAGACCGUUUUACUCGAUGGCCAGAAGCAGUACCCAUCAGAGAUAUUACUGCUGAAACAGUGGCUCGCGCCUUCGUCGAGAGGUGGGUAGCAAACUUCGGCUGCCCAACAACCAUUACUACAGACCGUGGACGUCAGUUUGAAUCUGAACUGUUCCGUUGUCUUACCAUGAAACUAGGAAUCACUCGCUUUCGAACGACGGCCUACCACCCACAAGCAAACGGGUUAGUAGAACGUUUUCACCGACAACUAAAAGCGUCACUAUCAGCCUCAAACAUUUCUCAGUGGACUGACGCUCUUCCACUCGUCUUACUAGGCAUACGCAAUGCAGUGAAAUCUGACAUUGGAUACACUGCAUCUCAACUCGUUUAUGGUACGACCCUUCGACUUCCAGGAGAGUUCGUGGAUCCUUCAUCCUCUUCGAUGGACAUGGAUCUAACCUCCUACGCGAACAGGCUUACAAACACAAUGCGUUCAGUUAAACCUGUUUCCACUCGACCACAAUCAACUGAUGUUUUCGUUCAACCUGACUUACUACAUAGUACACACGUUUUCGUGCGUCGAGACUCGCAUCGACGACCUCUCGAAUCAACAUAUGAAGGACCUUUCAAAGUUCUUCAACGCGAAUCUAAGUACUAUAUAAUAGAUAAGAACGGAGCCAACGAAAGCAUCAGCAUCGAUCGCCUCAAAGCAGCGUAUUUAGAAGGAAAUCCUAUUCACGUCGAUUUUCCUUCAAUACAAUCGCACGACACAACUCCUGCGCUUAUAAUGCCUCAAUCGACAGCAGACACACACGUUGAUACUGCGACGGUAUCCGAAAAUAAACUCAAAACAACGCGUUCUGGAAGAAGAGUAAGAUUUCCAGAACACUUGAACGAUUACUGCACGUAAGAUACAAGUUAACAUUUUACAUCCUCUCGAAUUUCCCUUUGUACUACAUAUAAUUUUUUUUUAAAAAAAACCUGAAUUUAAUAUGCUUAUAUAUUAUUUUUUUUAUUUCAAAAAAAAAACAAAAAAAAACAACGAUAUUAUAAAAAUCUUAUUUUACGCUACUACGUGAGCAUGAGUUUGUUUUCCUUUUUCUUCGCUUGUUUUGUGUUUUCACGCGCGUACGAGUGUAUUCCGACAUGCACUUACAUAUUUUUCUUUUCUUUUCCAGGACGACUGGAAAAGAACGAUGAAGUUGCGAAAAACGAAAAUCUGCAUUGUACCUUUUUUUACUAUAUUGUACAUCAUGGUCCAUUAUAGUAAGGAAAGACGACCAGACGCUGCUAAACCUAGCAAGCUAUCAGAAGAGUGUUUACCAACGAAAAUCUCGUUGGGUUUAAACUUCUGGCUGGCCACGUCUUAGGGUCAUCACUACCCCACUAGGGGGGGAGUGAUCUGUAGCGGUAAAUAAUUCCCCAAAAUCAAAUAGCUCUGUAAGUUUUCG